UUAUCAUAAACUUUUUGAAGGCAAAGACUGAACAUGUAUCUCCGUAUUAUACUUAUUCUUUGUGCCGUUGUGUCCGGCGUUAGCCGUAUUUCAGAGCCAGAUCUGAACGCUGUUAACUUUGCCGACAACAUAGCAGGACGAAAGCUGAACAAAAGCCUGAUAAGUGAAAUGGAAGUUGAUUCGGAAACUUCUUGUCAGUUUGAGUGUGUGGAGGAAGAGCGAUGUCAGUCUUACAACUUUAGAACCAUAAAGGGCGACUCAGGGAAAUUCAAGUGUCAACUGAGCGACUCUGAUCGAUUUUUUGGAUUUGCCAACUUUACUGAAGACAAAGAUUUUAUUUAUAGAGGACUAAUGAGCGCUUGCGAGGAGGACAGGUUUCAAUGUGGCAAAAAUGGAAUCUGCAUUCCCAAUUAUGUAGAUGGAAGCGCACGAUGCAAAUGUGACGAUGGCUAUACUGGAAAACCUUGCAAGGGGAAGAGCUGCUCUCAAUUGUUUCAAGAUGGUUUUAAUGUCAGUGGCCUGUACACCAUCAAUCCAGAUGGCGGCAAACCGAUACAAGUGUUAUGUGAUAUGACCACGGAUGGCGGAGGUUGGACCGUAUUUCAAAGACGUUUAGACGGCUCUGUUGACUUUUAUCUUGGAUGGGAAUCCUACAAAAAUGGGUUUGGAAAUCUAAACGGUGAGUUCUGGCUUGGAAACGACAAUCUUCACCUUUUAACAGCAGUUGAUAACGUGAUGAUGAGAGUUGACCUGGAAGACUUUGACGGCAACAUCACCUACGCUGAGUACAAGACUUUUAAGGUGGCAGGCGAAGCUGAUAAGUAUCAGCUUUUGAUUGGCGGAUACAACGGCACGGCUGGUGACUCUAUGACAGGACGACACAACCAUAUGAAUUUUUCUACGAAAGAUCAAGACAAUGACAUAUAUAGUCACCACUGCGCCCAACUGUACAAAGGAGCCUGGUGGUACGACAGAUGCCAUAGGUCCAAUUUAAACGGAUUAUAUCUCAAUGGUCGACAAACCACUUAUGCUAACGGAGUCAACUGGUACGCUUUCAGGGGCUAUUAUUACUCUCUAAGACGCACUGAGAUGAAAGUUAAAACCAAGGGAUAGGAUGGUUUCUAUCGCGGGAUAACAAAUGCAUGGUAUCAUGCAUGA